AUGUCAAUCAGCUCUCUAGUAGAGGAGUUUAAAGUAGCAAAAGCACGUCUUAUGCUAACCUUCAGAGACUCUGAAGAUGGGAAAGUCAGCAAUGCAGGAAUUCAGGUUAGGGCAGGGAGAAAGUGGUCAGUGAGCAAAGCUGUAGACUCUGCAGAGAGCAGUCUUAAGCACAAGGAUGUUGUGGGAUCUAUCAACGUGGGAAGAGAAGGAUUUGGCACCAGACAGACUCAAAGGUGGGAAAAAGCAGGGAAAAGAGAAAGGAGAGACCUGGUGCAGAGCGAAAUCAGAAACGCAGAAGAGCAAGCUAGGUCAGCCAGGUCGGUCCAGCUUGGACCGCAAGGGGAUUGGACGAAGUGGAGUACACCAGAGAGGAAGCUCACGUGGCAAGAACUGUGGACAUAUGAACCACUUCAGCUAAGUUUCCUCCUGCGGGCAGUAUACGACAUGCUUCCAACCCCCGCAAAUCUUCAUCGAUGGAAGCUGAAAGAAGACCCCACUUGUUCUUUGUGUGGGAGUAUAGGAACGUUGCGGCACAUUCUGUCAUCGUGUCCAACAGCCCUUGCACAAUGGCGCUACAGGUGGCGCCAUGACCAAGUUCUAAGAAUGUUGGCCGACGCCCUAGAAAGAGAGCGGAAGAGGGAUAGACCCCGGAAGAAAUUAGGACCCCAAUUCAUCAGCUUCGUCAAGGAGGGUACAACAAAGCCCACCGCCACAAUCAGUUCCAGAUCUUGUAUUCUGCAAGAUGCAAACGACUGGGAGAUGCGCGCAGACCUAAGGAAGAAACUAGUUUUUCCCGAGGAAGUAGCCCAUACAACUCUCAGACCCGACAUAGUGCUAUGGUCAAAGGCGGCGAAGCGGGUGAUCCUUGUAGAGCUAACUGUGCCAUGGGAGGAGAGGAUCGAGGAGGCCUAUGAGCUGAAGAAAGCCAAAUACCAGGAUCUGGCAGAUGUAUGCAGAGAUAGAGGCUGGAAGACAUGGAUCUUUCCAGUGGAAGUUGGAUGCAGAGGAUUUCCAUCACAGUCGGUGUGGAAGAUGUUUGGAGCACUGGGCGCAGAAGGAAGAGUCAGGAAGACUACAAUCCACGCCCUGGGCAAGGCAGCUGAACGAGCAUCAAGUUGGCUCUGGUUAAGACGCAGCGAACCAAAUAGGCAGCCAUCGUAG